AUGUUCGUCUACCGCAACAAGAACUUGCCUCCGGACCCGGAGUAUCCGGUCGAACUCAAGAAGCUAGGGUACUUCAUCACUGAGAAAGAUCUGAUCCGCCAGACUGCCAACCCGGAGGCAGAAUACAAGUACAAGAUCAACCGUAAUGAUCGGUUCAAUAUCAAGCACCGCGAGGCUAUGAAUGAAGCCGUUCGCGGCAUCGUCCUCCCGCGUCUCGAGGAUGCCGGUCUGAAGACCUUGCGCCUUCCUCAUCGCGAUGGCAAUCCCCCACGGGACAGUUUUCCAACUGAAGCUCAUGUGCCAAUCCUGAUUUCACCAAAUCUGUCCAAGACACCUCGCAUCCUCGUGGUGUUCGGCGAGCCUAUCCAGGACUUGGGCAUCUGGUCCCAUCGGACCAUCAACAGGGAUGGCAUCAACAUCGGAUCGGCCGUGGAUUUCACCAAGGCCGUUCUUGGGGAGGGCAAAGGCAAAGUGGCUACGGACGGUUCUGGCAACAGAACUGACGUCGCACUCAUUCUGGCUAACACGGGCCAGCUGCUUUGGCAUUGUGCUACUUCUCGUGCUAUCACGACCUCAACCUGGCUUGCGAACCCUCGUCCUGCCGGUAACUAUGACCAGGCUAAAAUGUCUUACCGAAACAUGAUCCCUGGCAACAAGGACUGGCGGGAGCACGUGGCCUACGUCUUUGAGAAGGUUCUAUGGAAAAGCCUUGGGCCCUCAACCCGUGUCGAUAUUAUCGGGAUGUCGGAGGGUGGCCUGGGUGCCAUCAACUACCUGACGGAGCACUGGGAGAAAUGGCGACCUUACAUUUCGGCCAUGUGUCUCGCUGACCCGCUCCAGAGCACCAACAUUGACCUCAACAUGGCCAAACUGGCCGACUCGACAUCAUUUCCAGCGUUCAUGUCCUCGCGCUGCCGUGCUUACAUUGUCUCUCAGGAUGAGGCCGACAAACCUCAGAUUGGUUACCGCCACCACGGCUGUAAAUGUUAUUCCUCUGGUGAAACCCAGAACUCCGAAGGCAUCUUGCCCAGGGCCUGGCCUCACAUGCUCGCCUGGCUCGAUAUCCUAUACAGGGACCGCGGUUAUGCGGAGGUCGAGGUCAUGGGUGCUGACGUGGACGAGGUGCUGCAGCGGGCCAAGGAAGGGCUGUCAUGCAAGGCCGAGCGCGAGGAACCCGAGGAGCCCAAGGAGGAUCUCAUCGUGGAGAAAGGGGUGAACUUAAAGCUAGCCAGCGAAGAUGAUGAUUCAAAGGAUAGAAGUGUGAGCCCGGAGACCCAGGCCGAGGACGUGAGGCAGGAUAAGACCGUGAAGUCGGACGAUACGAAAGAAAUUGUCCAGAACGAAGUCGCAGGAGUCAAGGGUGGGAGCCCAAAGGACAUGGUAGAUCCUUCCGUGAGGGAGAUACUGGAUGCCAUGAAUGCAGCAUUUGAGUUGAGCGAUGACGGCUACUUCGGAGAUGUCGAGGAGAUGGGGAGCUUUUCCCAUAAGCGCGAGACGUCGUCAGAGACGGAUACUUUGUGA